CUAAUGUAUGAAUACCCAAUUUUUUAAAGACGGCCAAGGACAUCCCGCUAUCUACCUCUUCAAAGUGACGUAACCAAAUCUGGGUUAGGUAAAUGCGAGACAAGUGUUAGUGUUUCAGGGCAGGCACCGGGCGUUCGUUGGUGAGGUAACAUGCAUAUGGGAUGCAUCAUGAACCCCGUCGCCCGUCCUAGCGUUGAACUAAACCAUAUUAACGACUCCCUUCUUCUUAGUGUUAACCCUUUUCUAAGUAACUUGUUACACAAGCGUGGAAGUUAUAGUCAGCGGAGUCGAGAACAAUGCAACAGGACGGCACUAAACCACCGAGUGAGGGGCCACACCCCGGCGAUCAGCAUGAGAUCCCAGACUUCGAGGCACAUGAGUCUUCCGAGUCGUUGAAAGGCAGAAUCAAGAAGCACUACGAGAUAGCAUCGGAUUACUAUUACUCCUUAUGGGGACAACAUAUUCACCAUGGCUUGUUCAAGUCUCCCAAUGAGACUAAGGAGCAGGCGCAAGUCAAUCUCAUAAACUUUCUACUCGAGCACUCUAAUCUGCCUUUCGGCGCCAAGGUGCUCGAUGUCGGAUGUGGUGUCGGCGGCACAAGCCGAUUUCUAGCAAGGGAACAUGGAGCGCAGGUCACCGGGAUCACAAUCAGCGACCGCCAGGUCCAAAUUGCAAAGCAGGUGACUACAACUGAGAUUGGUACCGCUACCCCAUGGACAGAAGGUUCCGCGAAGUAUCCCGGUAAAGAAGGAAAGGAAGGAGGCACGGUCCGCUUCCUCGAGCUCGAUGCCGAGAAAAUGCUAGAGCACUUCCGCCCGGCGGGGAAGGAGGCGGAGGCCUUCGACUGCGUAUGGAUCUCCGAAGCGCUAUCUCACCUACCGAACAAAGAGCUCUUUUUCUCGUCAUCGUUCGCCCUUCUUCAGGGCAAGGGCUCACGGCUGGUCAUCGCGGACUGGUUCAAAGCGCCCGACUUGACACCCGAGCAGGAGAGCGCGGAUAUCAAACCCAUCGAAGACGGCAUGCUACUGCCAAGACUCUACACGGUGGACGAGUACGUUUCUCUAGCGGAGAAGGCAGGGUUCCAAGCCCGUGGGAGUCCUGUUGAUAUCAGUAAGGAUGUCGCGAAGACCUGGGACAUAUCAUGGUCCCUUGUAUCGUCGCCUUCUUUGUGGGCGUUCGCGAUAUCGCAAGGUAGGGAUGGACUUGCGUUUUUGCAGGCGUUCCGGGCUAUGAGAAGAGGGUACGCCAAUGGAACGUUUAGGUAUGCUAUUAUGUGCUUUGGGAAGCCUUGAAUACUUCCUCGGUAUAAAGCAUGUACUGCUAGGCAGCGCACGCGAGGCCGUGGCUACUUCAUCAGAGCACUCGGAGUUGAGAUGUCAUAUCGCCUCAUUGUUGGGAUUACGCUUUUCCACCUAUUGAUGUGUUAUACGGAAAUUGGAAGAUAUAUCGUGUGAUGAUAUGCGGUAUCCUGCAUAUAUAUUACCCCAGCACAUGUCCGUUCUCGUGGGUCCUUAGUCACCAUGAAUUGAACAAUUCUAUCAUUUUGUUGAGACCGAAGUGUUUCUCGUAGAUCCCUACACUUGGAUUGGUUCGGUGAAUAAAGGAGUAAGGUGUUUCUCCGUGGUGUCUAAUAUGUACGUCGAGCAUGUUACUCCGUGGGGAAUAAAUUGUUGAUAUUGAUAGGCCAUGUAAGUCAAUCGGCACGUUUAACCCUAUAGGAAAGGGGAAAUAUCACCUACACUGAUGAUAGAUUGCUUUCUGGGGAAGAUUAAAUGUCUUGCGUAAUGUACGCGCGUGAGAUAUCGAAUACGAUUGGUUCAAUACCACAUUUCGGGAAGUUUACUUGCC